CUUUGUUACACUUUUUGUGGUACAUAUCCUUCAAAACCAUCUUUGAAGAGCCUCUGUAUAAGAAGCAUCAUCAGUAACAUUUGUCUUCUGCGCGAGAGUAGAGAGCCGGAGUGAGCUUGAAGAAGGUUGCGAAACCCUAGAAUCGGUGAUUUUCAUGGAGAAUCUCUCUCAUUCUCGGCAUCCAAACAGGCCCGUACCCUCGCUCUCGAAGAAGGCCUGCAAUGGUGGCAGCGGCCUCGGUUCCGGUCCCAGCAAGGCGGCGGCAACCACCAAGUACAACGAGUUUUCCGGCGGUCCGCCGAGGUUCGGAGCCCCGACGCAGUCUCCUUGUCUCGAGGACUACUGCGAGGUUUUCGGUGGCGUCAUUGCCUCACGCGCCGCCGUCUCCUCGAUUCCGAUGCUCGAUCUUCCACUCGUCGAUGACAGAGAUGUAUACUUCGACGUCCGGAGCCCGGGUUUUGACUACCGCGAGGUUUUCGGAGGGUUCGAUGACUUCGAUUUCGCGCCGUCGUAUGAGGAACUGUUGAUGGAUCGGUCUGAGGUUGGUGAAGAUGAUUCCUCCGACGAAGCUUGGACUCCUGCAGAAAUGGAAUCUCUAUCGGGAGAGACAGAACAUGCAGGCAAAAGCCCUUGCUUUACCAAUGGGAGAGAUUCAUAUGAGUCAAUCGAUGGCAGCACCACCGAGUUCAACAUCUCUUACAAUGUAACCGGACAGAUAAGCUACUCAAAUAUGUUCAGUGGGGUGACACAUGUAGCAGGUUUAGGUUCUGUUCCUGGUUACACCUUUGCAAUUGAUGAAAUGGAAUAUGCCGGUGAAACAACAAAGCUCAAGAAGAAAUCCCAGUCCUUCUUGGUCCGUGGAGAUACUAGUGGGUAUCCAUUUGGAAAUGAAGGGAGGAACCAAAAACACUACGGCAGAGCUGUAUCUUUUCCUAGUGAGCCGUUUGUUACUGUUUCUGAUAUUGAUUUGAAGACUAAACCAUCUGAAGUACCGCCGCCUUCAAGACCACCUCCUCUGUUAAAGAGGGAUUCUAGUAGUUCAGCUUCUAACUGUAGAACAACUGUGUCUGGAGGUUCAGCGGACUGUAAUUCUCCAUCAUUCUUUGAUGCGGAAGCUGAUACAAGUUCUGCUGCUGUGAGGGAAGUAAUGGAAAAAGCUAAGGCAACAGUAAAAAGUGCAGAGGAAGUUUUGGAAGGGAAGAAGGAUGGGGCACGAAUAACCGUGAAGCCAAGCCCAGCAAAUGAAAGAAUGACUGAGGAAGGGAAAUUGAGUGUCGAUAACAUGAACUUGCCAGUUGAUUGGCCUGAAGUUGAGAAAAAUAAUAACGUGUCUAAAAAGUCCUCAGAGGAUAAGCAUGGAAGGAAAUCUCUACCAAUGCAAGGGUCUGCCAGAUUUGAUGGAAAUGAUGAAUGGAAAGAGGCUACACAAUUUUUUGAACUUGUGAGAACAGAAGAACCGAGAAAUGCUGAUGAGAGUAGUAGUGGCAACGAUGUUUUUUUGCAUCGUAAUGCAGAGUUUCCUGAGCAGAAUCAAACGCGGGCAACUAAGAGUGAUGUGGAGAAACUAAAAGAAAGGAGAGCAGUAGGAGACAUGGGGAAACACGAAGUCGAGAAGUUGUUAAAGAACUAUGGAACAACAGAAGUAGCAUUUGACCGUGAGAGUCAUGAGAAGAUGAGGCUCCCAGAAAAGGUUCUUCAAGAGGGGAUGGAGGAGAAAUUAAGAAAUGUUGUGAUGCAUGCUGAGGCAGAAAACAAGUUACCUGACCAUGGUGGGUCAGAGAAACACGAAAAUCUUUUAAAAUUUGAUCGAGAAGGAAACAGGCUCUUGGUUGAUAAACAUGCAGAGCAGAAGAAAGAAUUGCAUUAUGAAGAGAUUAAUAACCACAUAGAAAAGGAACAGGAAUAUGUGUUUGAGUGGGAACAUAGUGCGAGAAAGCUCAGGGAGGCUCUUGGUCUAGCAGAUAAUGAAAGCAUGGUAGAGAUGUCCCUGGAACCAAAUGAAGAUCGUAAGAAAUCGAGAAUGGCUGAUGGGAUGGAUGUGAAUGAGAAGAAGCUGAAGAAGGCCUUGGAGGAGCAGAUAGAAGAUGAAAAUCGGAUGAAGGAAGCUCGAGAAAAGGAAGAGAACGAGAGGAGAGUGAGUGAGGCUCUUGAGAAAGCAGAAAAUGAGAAAAGAGUGAAGGCAGCUUUGGAGCAAGAAAAGAAGGAAAGAACACUAAGGGAGGAGCAGCAGUCAAAAGACGCUUUUGAAAAGGAAGAGAAGAACCGUAGAAUGAAAGAAGCUCAUGAGAAGGCAGAGCAGGAGACGAAACUUAAACUAGCUUGUGAAGAGGAAGAACAUAAAGGGAAAGUAAGAGAGGCUCAUGAGAAGGUAGAGCUGGAGAGGAGGCAGAAAGAAGCUCUUGAACAGGAACAGACGGAAAGACAUUUAAAGGAGGUUCAGGAGAGAGAAGAGAAUGAGAGGAGAGCGAAGGAGGCUCUUGAGAAAGCAGAGAGAGAAAAGAGGUUGAAACAGGAGCGAGAAGAGAAUGACAAGAAGCUGGAAGAAGCUAUGGAACUGGAAGAAAAAGAAAGAAAUCUGAGAGAAGCUAGUGAAGGGGCAGAGAAUGAUGAGAGAUUGAAAGAGGCUCAUGAACAAGAAGAGAUGGCAAGGAGACAGAUGGAUGCCAAGGAAAGAGAAGAAAGUGAAAACGACGAGAAACAAGAUGAUUGCAGGGGACAAGAAGAUAAGGCAAGACUGGAAGAGGUUACCGAGAAAGCUUCUGGAAAAGAAUUUUUGAGAGGGAGCCUCGGAGAAACUAAGCGAGAGGAUGAGGGAGGAGACAGCCAUGAAACACUGUAUGAGGUACCUGCAGAAGAAGAUGACCCAGGGCAGAAAGAGAUCAGAGACAGGCCUGAUGAAACUUGUUCAUGGAAAGAUUUUGAGAACAAGCUGAAAGAUGCUAGUCAAGAAGAGGGCUUGGAAGAAAAUGAUGGAGAGAAAACAUCACAAAAAGCUGCAGCUGAAGAGGAGAGAGUAAAAAAUGUGGCUGUUGAUGGAGUUGAUUGUGACCAAAGAGAUAUGGAGGAAAGCAGGUUCACAUCAAACCCAGGAAAUAAUGAAAGCAAGCUUGAUCAUCAACAAGAAGAACAAGGAAGUAGCUAUCAUACCCUAGCUGGUCUAAAUCAAGACGUAAAUCCAGAAAAACCUUUGCCCUCUCGAGUCAUCAAGGACUUUGUCGAUACUACAAGAAAAGAGGCAGUCCAAAACAAUGCAAGUCAGUCUACAAGAAACAAUAGCCGAAAUCUCGAUGAAGUAUUCGCUCAACAACGCAAGAAAGAAGCCGAGAGAAUAAAGCGAGAAAGAGAGCUUCAAAUGGAGCAACUGAGAAAAACAGAAGAAGAGCGGGAAAGAGAGAGGGAAAAGGACGGAAUGGCCUUUGAUCACAGAGCAUUGACUGAUGCCCGCGAAAGGUUGGAGAAGGCAUGUGUCGAGGCCAGAGAGAAGUCAUUGCCCCCCGUUGGUGCUGCUUCAAGAUAUCAAAACCCUUCUGCAUGUGCCGGUACUGUUGGUGAAUCACCUCGAAGAUAUGUAUCGAGGCUGGAAAGGCACCGCCGAACAGCCGAGCGCGUGGCCAAAGCCUUGGAGGAGAAAAACAUGCGUGAUCUCGUUGCUCAGAGAGAGCAAGCAGAGAGAAAUAGGUUAGCAGAAACCCUAGACGCUGAAGUUAAGAGGUGGUCAAGUGGGAAAGAAGGGAACAUACGUGCAUUGCUCUCAACGUUACAAUAUGUUCUUGGACACGAGAGUGGGUGGCAACCUAUCCCCUUGACGGAAGUCAUAACUUCAGCAGCUGUGAAGAAAGCUUACAGAAAGGCUACGCUUUGUGUUCAUCCGGACAAAUUACAACAACGGGGCGCCAACGUUCAGCAGAAGUAUAUAUCCGAAAAGGUUUUCGAUCUUCUCAAGGAGGCCUGGAACAGGUUCAGCUCGGGAGAACCGUAGCUUGGACUUGGAGUUCGACACUGCAAGCUCCGUUGAAUCAUUCUGAUUUUUCUUCUCUAUAAUAUGUACAUAUAUUCUUUCAGUUUAUUACUCUCGGUCUGGUCGUCACGCAAACCGUAUUCUCGUUAAUGUAUAUACACAUUGCAUUGCAUAUACGGAUCUAUCAUGGGUAUGUCUACAUUGUAUGACCAUGUAUAUGACAUCAUGAAUCCAACCAAAAAUAAUUAAAAUCA